CACCACUGGCUGCUACAAUAUGGCUGCACCCAGGGAAAGGCUAGGCUAACGUGAAAGUACAGACCCUAGCUCUCUCGUCCUAUGGAUCGGAGGGCAGAGUUCAAGAGAUGGAAGGCGCAGUGUCUAAGCAAAGCGGACUUCAGCCGGAAGGGCUGUGUGGACGAGGAUGUGGUAGAGAUCGUGCAGCUCCUGAAUAGUCGAGAACAGUUUUUCACCACCAGUUCCUGCGCUGGCCGCAUCAUCCUUCUAGAGCAGGGUAUGGAUAGUCUUGAGGUUCAGAAACGAAACUGUUGCUGGCUACUGGUUUCACACAAACCUUGUGUGAAAGAUGAUGUGAUUGUAGCCCUAAAGAAAGCGAAUGGUGAUGCCAUUUUGAAAUUUGAACCACUUGUUCUUCAUGUGCAGUGUCGACAAUUGCAGGAUGCACAGAUUCUGCAUUCAGUGGCAAUAGAUUCUGGUUUCAGGAACUCUGGCAUAACAGUGGGAAAGAGAGGAAAGACUAUGUUGGCUGUCCGGAGCACACAUGGCUUAGAAGUUCCAUUAAGCCAUAAAGGAAAACUGAUGGUGACAGAGGAAUAUAUUGACUUCCUGUUAAAGACAGCAAACCACAAAUUGGAGGAAAACAAGAAGAGAAUUGAAAGGUUUUACAACUGUCUACAACUUGCUUUGGAAAAAGAAACUACUACUACUAACUCACAUCCCAAAGAGAAAAUCAAAGAGAAAAAUAACUCAUUUAAGAAAAAAAGUAACCCAGGAAAAGCACAUGACAAAUGUGUUACUGAAGAAAAUGAUAAAGUACUUGAAAAUGAUGAUGAUGAUGAUCCAGGAAUCAGCGUUACCGUUUUCCCUGAAGACUACUGAGAUUUGGUUCUGAAAUGUCUUUUUAGAAUAAUGUUUCUAAUAGAUAUUAUAAAGCUGCUCUUCAUAAGAGUAUUUUAGUUUGUUGAGUGAAUCAGCCUUUCAGAAAAGCAAGACUAAAAUUUUCUCUAUAUUUUAGAGAAAGCUUUAGGUUUUAAAAAUAACUGUAUAAUAUUUGCUCUUAAAUACUGUCUCUUUUAGUCACAUAGCAUUGCAAAAAUAAAUUGAUUUCUAAUGCCUCUCUUUAAGGUUCAGUGUCUACUUCUACAAAACAGAAGAACUAUAACACCCUUUCAAGAGAAUGUUAACAUUAGGAAUAUUUGAAUAAAAAUUAUAACAACA